CCCAUCAUCUCAAUCCUAAGUGAAGAACAGGAGGAAUUUCUCCAUCUCUCUGCUGUGGGCUGCAUCGCUCAUCGCAGCCCAAUGCCCCGGGCUGAUUUUUCUUUUUUUUUUUUUGGCCAUUUUCUGAAGGAAUGAAGCAUUUUUUAGGCUGAGGAUGUGAGCAGUGUGGGCAGCGGGUUGCUAGCAAGAGAACUACUCCCUGUAUCUGUUUUCUUUCAGAACGAACAAGGCAAACGUUGACCUCACUAUGAAACAGUUUCAAGCAGGUCCCCAGACGAGUUGGGUGCUGCCAAAACCAUGCAGAUUUUUCUGGUCCUCGCUCUCUGCGGCCUUGCAGCAGCCGUGCCCUCGGAGGACAGGAAGCUGAGCGACAAGGCAACAACGUUGGCCGACCGCAGCACAACGUUGGCCUUCAACCUCUACCAUGCCAUGGCCAAAGACAAGAACAUGGAGAACAUCCUGCUGUCUCCCGUGGUCGUGGCUUCUUCCCUGGGCCUCGUGUCCCUUGGGGGCAAGGCUACAACUGCCUCCCAAGCCAAGGCCGUGCUCAGCGCAGACAAGCUGAAUGAUGACUAUGUGCACAGCGGGCUGUCGGAGCUCCUCAAUGAGGUGAGCAACAGCACAGCCCGUAAUGUUACCUGGAAGAUCGGCAACCGCUUGUAUGGCCCUGCCUCCAUCAACUUUGCCGAUGACUUCGUGAAGAACAGCAAGAAACACUACAACUAUGAGCACUCCAAGAUCAACUUUCGGGACAAGAGGAGCGCCCUGAAAUCCAUCAACGAGUGGGCAGCCCAGACCACAGAUGGGAAACUCCCAGAAGUCACAAAGGAUGUUGAGAAAACUGAUGGAGCCCUUAUUGUCAACGCCAUGUUCUUCAAGCCUCACUGGGAUGAGAAGUUCCAUCAUAAGAUGGUGGAUAACCGUGGCUUCAUGGUGACCCGCUCCUACACGGUGGGCGUUCCAAUGAUGCAUCGUACAGGUCUCUACAAUUACUAUGAUGAUGAGGCAGAGAAGCUUCAGGUGGUAGAAAUGCCACUGGCUCAUAAGCUCUCCAGCAUGAUCUUUAUCAUGCCAAACCACGUGGAGCCUCUGGAGAGGGUUGAGAAACUGCUGAACAGGGAACAGCUAAAGACCUGGGCCAGCAAGAUGAAGAAGAGAUCUGUGGCCAUCUCACUGCCUAAGGUCGUCCUGGAAGUCAGCCAUGACCUUCAGAAACACUUGGCUGAUCUGGGCCUGACGGAAGCCAUUGACAAAACCAAGGCUGACCUGUCAAAGAUCUCUGGCAAGAAAGAUCUUUACUUAUCCAACGUCUUCCAUGCCGCUGCUCUUGAAUGGGACACAGAUGGGAACCCCUAUGAUGCUGACAUCUACGGCCGAGAGGAGAUGAGGAACCCCAAGCUCUUCUACGCUGACCACCCCUUCAUCUUCAUGAUCAAGGACAGCAAAACCAACUCCAUUCUCUUCAUUGGCAGGCUCGUCAGGCCCAAAGGAGACAAGAUGCGUGAUGAGUUGUAGUUUUUUCCCAGAGCUUGUUUUGGUUUGCGUGUUUUUUAGGGGGGGAUUUCAAAAAAGGGGAAACACUAUUUUGUAUCCUUCUCGAACUAUGGGUGCUAUUCAGACCAGGGUGCAUUGUGAUGAGAAACCAGCAUACACUUUACCUCACCCCCAGAAUACUCCGUUGCACAAACCCACCUCCAGAGGACAGGGGAGCCUGGCACAGUAAGUCACCACGAGUGGACAGGAACUGGCAUGCGUUGUCUCAGCACUUCAGUUGAGAUGUUUGGGCUGACGCCUGGUUCCUCCCUGCACCAGCUUAAGUACCUUGCUACUACCAGCAGCCCUGCAAAGGCACGAGCCCUCCACCUUUCCAUCUCUAAUGCUUCUGCACAUUUAGUUCUGCCUGCAUUUUCCUUGCUUUGGUGCUGUGGAGUACCAUGCUAAAGCUGCUCUGGUUCCUCUGCAGUUGUUUCUUGCUUGUGGCAGAAGGCAAAAGUACACUUAACUCAAGUGGUACAAAACAGAACAACCAGGGCUGAUUCUGUGCUUCAGCCCCAGGUGUACCACUGGGAGCAGAACAGGACUCUGACAACAAGCAGAAGCUGAAAUCCUAUGCUCUUGUGCCUUUCUGUCCUGCCUAACCCUGCUCUGGAUGGCUGAUAGAUGCUUCACCAUCACCAAGUCUUCAGCUCCUUAGCUAGAAUACUGCAAAGCCAGGUGCAGCCUUGGUUUGUAUUCUGCAGAAGUAGGUGGCUUUGGGAUGUCAGCAGAGGCCGAAGAGACAGGCUUCUAGGAAGAGACACCUGUGGAAUUAUUUAAGUGGCUCUCAGAAUUAUGAGGAGACUUUUGGGCCAACAACUCCAAUUAAGCCAGGCAAAUGGAGAAAUUUCUGGUGCUCCUGCAUCAGCACACAGGACUGUGAAAGAGUUUACACUGUGAAGGUUCCCCUAGUUACAAGCAGGGCUGGUACUCAUCAGCUCCUGUACCAGACCAAAGGGACUCCUCUGCUGGCCUCUAGCAUGGAGGUGCACCAAGGCUCACUUCCACUUGCAUCAGUACAAAGCUUUAGAGCUUCCCUUACCUGACUUCCUAAUAUCCCUUUUCUGCAGCUCCUCUCCUCUUUAGCUCCCUGUUGGCUGACCUGGAUAAAGGCACACUGAAAAACAAAUGUAUUUAUAAUUAUAUACGUAUUUAUGUCUGAUAAUUACCAAGUUUCAUAGCCUAAACUUGGAGGUUUUUCCCAUCUUCCUCAGAUUAAAAGACAUUGUCAGGUUAAUCCUACUUAAAAGAACUGAUGCAACCCCAAGAGCAUUGAAGCAUGUGUCAGAUAAGCCUUGCUAUGCACUGAGACGUACUGCAAAGCAAGACAUGACAAGACUAUUGAAAUAAGGAAUCUGGGUGUCAUGUUAGCAGCAGUUACUUGGAACCAGCAGGGACAGUGUGACUGCAUUGCUUUUCUUUGUAUUUUCCUGCCAAUGCAUUUGCUGUCAUACAAGCCCAAUACUGCAUUUUUUUCAGAACAUCCAUGUGACUGUUUCCACUUAUUUAUUAACAGCUAAGUUGUUACCUCUUGCAUCUUACCAGACAUCUCAUACAGCAAAAAAAUCCAACUCUAGGUUUAACCUGACUGUGUCUUCUCCAGAUUUGCAAGUUAGGCAGUCGCAGAAAAGCAGGUCUGCCCUAACUGCCAUCCAAGCCAGCCACACAGGGAGGGCUUGCCCUCAGCUCCUUCCUAGUUUGUAUUCCUGGGUGCUUUCCUGAAUGUUGGGCAGAGGAGGGAACCCACAAGGCUGUACCCAAAUGCAGAGGAAGCCUCAAACCCAGCGUGUAUGCUACACAACCUGAUGAAUCAGCGCACUGAAACCCACAUGCUGUACCAUGUUAUGGAAGAUGGGGUGGGGGGGGAGAGGGAAGAGAAGGGGAGGGCAAGGCAACAGAUAGUGUAACUUGCAUCAUGUGGAUGCAGUUGUCCUAUGGCUUUUAUUGUCCUUGUACCACACGUUGUGUAAUUUUGAAAUAAAACUUUUUCAGUGAA